AUUGGCUGUUUGGGAGGAGACUGAGGUAAAGAAAGUGUGAAUGCGGCAGAAAAAGUGGAUUCUGAAAUUGGAGAAUAAUGUAUAAAAUGAGACAAAGGUGAGAUCAGCUGACUGAAGGAUUGCAGGUGUCUGGAUGAUAGCAAAGCCUGAGGACCCAAGCUCACAGGAAUACUGAAGUGAUGCUCCUUGAACAACCUGCUGGACUCUACAUCAGCUUUUGAGACUUAGCAACUGCUCCAGAGACGUGCCCCCUGUGUAAAACCCCAGGCUCCUGUACAAUGUACCAUUCCAGCUUUGUGCCACGGGAAUAUUACCCAGCCAUGAUCCCACCUUCUGCUUAUACCUACCCACCACUGCGGCCUGGGAGAGCAGAAGACACAUCCAGAUCUGUGAUGUUCCCUCCCAUCCACAUGCACAACUUCUACAGUCGACCCAUCACUUUUGUGGUGGACAGGAACAGCUACCCUGACUAUGCAGGAGGUCAGGUGGAGUAUCAUCAUCUCUAUAGUGCCUCCAGUCCCUAUAUCCAUCCAUACCACACCUGGCACUCCCCUCCCAUGGCCCCUGUCCCUCUCUACAGCCCCUAUGCAAGCUACCAUCACUAUGCUGCCUGCCAGAGGUCAGAUCAGUAUCGAGAUACGUGGCCAGAAGGCUUCACAAUGAGAGGGGAGCUUCAAUGGGGGAAGCUUGGAAAGGUAUUUGGGCCAAGGAAAGACCUCCCAGAAUUUGUGAAGGAUGAUCUCCGGCGGGUUUAUGGCACCUACCCCCGGACCAAUGUUUCCAUAUCCUAUCGGAAAGGAGAGUUCUUGGUUAAGGGAGACCCCAAGACAGAAGAUCAGGAAUAUGCAGUGGAGAAGAAGGUCAUCCAGCAGGCUGUGACCCCCAGUGCCAGUGAGGCAGAUGACAGCAGCGAGGACCGGAACCAUAAGAAGAAAAAGAAACUGAGACAUUGAGGGAGUCAGACACCCAAUGGACUGAUGCUCCAGUACCCUCAUGGGAGCCAGUUGGCAGCUGGUUUUGGUGUGGUUGGCAAGUAACACAAGCAAUGGAUGCCACCAUUAUUGCUGAUUUCUUUUAAUUGCUCCCCAUCAACCACAACCUUAUGGCAGAUUUACCCUAACUGAUGCAUAAUACCCACCCUGUGAAGAACCCACAUGACACUGGACUGUUGGGUCAGCUCAUUGGCCCUGGUUUUAAAAUGAGCAUUUGAUUUCCACUGGUUUGGUUGACUGGUCACAGCCUGGUGGGGGAUCUCCAAACUGCAGCUCUUGAUCAGAGAAGAAGGGCCUCUUCCUCCUACCUUGUCCAGGGGAACGGCCUGUAAGCUGGUUUUCUCCCUGGGGCGAUAAAAGCUGAAUUUCCUUCAGGCUGAGGGCAGUGCAGGUCCCAGAGGACACAGGAGUUCUUGAACACUCUGAAGAACAAAUAUCUGCAUGUCUUGUCACUGGUGUUUAUGACCAUAUCAUUGUGCUUUAUCACCACAUGGGGCCUGUUUGCAGCACUUCCCUACACUCUGGUGUCCCCAUCCUCUUACACUUGAUAGUGUGGUGCUCAUUUCUCCUGGCCACAUGUCCUUAUUGAAACUGCUGUUGAGGCCCUGCUCUGGGUCUGACUUGGCUCUGGUUGGAGGUGCUGGCUCUCCAAUGAGGUUGCUGGAGUUGUGUGAAUCACAGCACUUCCAUGGCUUGGUGGUUGUACUGGAAGAGCUGUGCUGGAAGUCUGGAGGGCUCUGAGGGGCUGGGUCUGACUUACUUGCAAAUUUCUAAAAACUUCUACCUUUUAAAUGACUAUGAACAAUAAAAAAACACCAAAUGCAAA